AUUAGAUUAGGAAGUAGAAAAAUAUAAGGAUCUUCUUGAUUAUGUGCAAGGAGUUUAUUUUCAAUUACAUGCAAAAAAAUCGUAUGUCGCUCCAGUUACAGGCAAGCUUUGCUUGUGUUGCCGGUUUUGCUAGCGGAUUUGAUAGUGUUGCUAGUGCGUGCUGGUGAUGCCAGUGCAUUUGCAUGCAAAUUUGCUUGCGACUCUUGCCUGUGUUUGCCGGUGAUUUUUCAGCAUGCCGCGCGUGCGAUCAGUUUCAGACAAAAACUUGACUGAUCUAUUACUACGACAACUACAAGCUGUCUUUCAUGGUUGGCGUCAAGUCAGGAUAGAAGCAAUUCUAUCACCAGACGCAGCGGUUCUUCUCGUCAUGGCCAACGUGCGAGGAAUUACUAGCAAUUACUAGCAACUGGUAGCAAUUACUAGCAAUUGCGACGAAAUGCGAGAACUAACUACGCUUCUUGGGUGCUUGCCUCUUGUGGGCCGACCUACUCUUGCUUCUAAGUAAGAGUCCAUGGCUUGGGUUGCUCUGGUCUUUUUGUUGCGAAGCGACGGGGUGCUGCGUUUAUGCAUGUACAGUCCUGCGCUGACUGGGUCCUUUUUUCUAGCGUAUAACAACCGUCCGCCUUACCAUAAGACUUAUUUCCUGUGAUGAAGAUAUAACACUCUUGAUACAGGAAAUAAGUGCUGACGUGGAGGCUGAGAUCUAAAAAAUCUAAAUUGUAAAGUGUGUCUAUCUGAUGUCAUGUAAAAAAUAAACCAUUCGUGAUCUCAAAUAUCUUGUUCUUGUUUCUGUAAAAAGCAAAUAUUAUCCGUUAUUAAAAGCCUCAAUGUGCGACAAGUUCAAGAGUAGAAAAAUCAAUGUACUAGAAGUUUUUAUCUCAGUUUCGUUCAUCGCUCCGUGCAGAAGUUUCGUUUGUCAUUCCAUAUGGUAGCUACCUAGAGUUCAACUUCAACGACCGAAAUAUAAAGUUAGUCCCUUACUAUCUUCUAUCGUUCAUCCCCGUAGCACUUAGUGUCCUUCUUCCUUAUAGUAUCCUACGUAUCUAUCAACCUCUUACAAAAGAGAAAAGAAAGUAAUGCAAG